AUGGCAGAGUUGAAGCCAGAGUCCACCCAAGGUGGCCUCUGGUCCAACUACGGUGCCUCUGUUCCUUUAUCAGCUCGUUUUCCAAGCGCCGUAGACAAUUUGUUGACGCAUCCAUCGUCCAACCCAUCCCAACAUGUUGGCCGCUCGAGAGCCCAUCAGGGCUCGAUAGACCACUCCUAUCCCUACUCGAGAUAUCAGCCAGAAGAGCACGACACCUAUGCGAGACAACAGCAACCACAGCAUACAUUGGCCCCGCAGCACGGCUAUCACAACUUGAAACGCCCCUAUGAUCAUGUCGACCAGCCAGCGUACCAGGAAAUCGUUCAGGACCUCAGAGACGACGGCUCCAAAUUGACAGUCAACCACGACCAAAAACUCUUGUCCUUCCGCAAAGUGCAAGACAAGCAUACCAUCGUGGACCAGCACGGAAGAAUGCAACAACUCGAGUUGUCGGCGCAACUGCACGGCAUGUUCUUUCUCUCAGAGAUGCCUGCUUCCACAGGCGAAGGGUCGAUGCUGCAGCCCGAGUUGACAUGCUAUCGGAGGAAUCUGUUUCAGAUCAGCGGCUCUCUAGUCACCCCGAGAGGCCAGUUGUCCGUGAUCUUGGCCGAAAGUGGCGAGACUGUCGCAGUCACCAGCACCGAGGUCACCAUCUCGGCGAUAGAGUCUGUCGAUGGCAACCCCGUCCGACUGAUUGUUAUUCCUUGGAAAACCCCGCCACCAAACUCUCAGGAUCUACCUCAAUCCUCAGACCAGGAACCGCCGCCUCUUCCCCUUAUUCCCUUCUCGGACGAGGGCCAGGAGAUCGAAGGCGAGUUGGCGAUGUAUCCAAUUGGUUGGCGACGACUACAGUUUCGCAUUGCAACCGCGAAUAAUGGACGAAGGAAGGAGCUCCAGCAACAUUUCGUGCUGCACCUGAAGGUGGUCGGGACCCUAGCCAAUGGGACCAAGGCCGUGCUCACGGAGUCGCACACAGCCCCUAUUGUAGUUCGCGGUCGUAGUCCGCGCAACUUUCAAGCCAGAAAGGAGAUUCCACUAUUAGGAUCGAGUGCGGGCUCUCGAGGACAAGCGUUGGUCGAGUCAGGCAUUGGCAUCGUCGCCGGUCCUCUGCCGCUGAAGCCACAAGAUCCGAAAGCGCGAGGCUUGAACCUUGAACUACCUCGCACAGCCUUCACAUUCAACGCCUCAAAGCUUCCUGGAAGCCCUAUGAAUAUGAGAUCAAACUCCUAUCCCAGCUGGAACCCCUCCAGUCACUUGCCACUAUCACAAGGACCGGUGCCGGCAAGCACGGCCUACCCGACGUCGUCCGCGGACUCUUACCACAAACUACCUCUCUCGGCUGCGCCCGCAUACUCUGCAGAACAGCAGGAGCUUCCUUUGCAAUCACCCUUGCAGCCAGUCGGUUUGAACAUGGCUGCUAGCGAUCACAAUUCGCAGCAACAGCCUCACACGACCAUGAGAGCAGCAUACAAUUACACCCACGCUACUUCGGCACCGCCUCCGCUUUCGAUAGCUACGACGGCUCUGAGCGGCUCAGACCACGGCCUAAAUGUGCCGCGGUACGUUGAUUCGAGCUCCCGACCAGCCAAGAGCCCUCGGCAUCCAAAUCAACAAUCCGUACACAGCAUACACAGCAGUGGUGCACUGAACAACGACAGCAGCUCCGAGUAUCGCUUCGGCCCUUCAUCUUAUGUCCAAGUCAGCACCGGCAGCGCCGCCGCCGAGUCUUACGGAUCUACCGACAACUCGCACACGCCCAGCCCAGCUGUCCCCCAUCCUCCAAGCAGGGACUUCUAUCCCCCCACUGCCACAUGGACGACAUCUGCCGGCGAAGCAAACAACACAACUGUUUCUUCGUACACCAAUGUCUUGAGCGAAGCGGCAAGACCCUAUGGAUUCACCGCCGAUCCAUACAAGUCCAGUACGUCUGCACAAAACAAGAACGACCACGCCAGCAGUAGUCACUACAGUGCCGGCAUGCACAACUACUCAUGGAGUCCCACUCAUUAA